AUGUUUCUCUUGUUAUUUUACUUCUUUGUAACUGGACUUGGAAUAAAGGAAAUAUAUAUCAAUUAGGAUUACUUUUAAUAAGGAAAAUAUUACAAUUUGGAGGAUUCUGAAUACAGGGUGGUAUAAGAGGUAGAACAAGGAACUUUGCUAUUUCAAAUUACAAAACCUGACUGUUAGAAAUAUCUUUAGAUAGAGUAAUAAUAAUAGAUAAUAAAAGAUUAAUAUUCACAACACCAAAUGAUGGUGAUGUCGAUUUGUAGUUUACAAUUAAUCAAAACAGUCCUCCUUCAGUUUUGGGCAACAAAAAUACAAAUGCCAAAUAUACUGAUAUGAAUGGUGAUUAUCUUCACAAAAGCUAUCAAAACAUAGUAAUACCCCCACUUUCCUAUAAAUAAGGUGAUAAAUUUUAUAUCACAAAUUUAAAAAGAGAAGAAGGGAAAACUUAUUAAUAUAACAUAAAAAUAACACAAAGUGAUGAAGUUCCUUGUCCUAACAAAUGCACUUCAAGCUCUUUAGGCUCUUGUUAAUUUGGCUCAUGUUUAUGUAAAGUAAAUAGAGUUGAUUUGGACUGUUCCAAGAUGGCUACUCCCAUCUUGAUAGAUAAUAAAUUAGAAAAUAUGACAAUAAGUGAAACACAGUACUUCUAUUUUCAACAAACGACUUAGUUAGAAACUAUUUAAUUAGAUUUAGAAUUCAAAAAUGUACUGUUCUCUAAGAAAUCUUCAAUCUUUGUGUAUAUAAUGUUUGAAAACUUUGUCUAUGGAGUCGCUACGCCGUAAUUUAAUAAUUACACUUACUCGUUUUCUUAAGAUUCUACAUCCUUAUCUAUAUCAGAGAUUAUAGUUGUUAAACUACUAAAUCAUAACUAAGAUUUAUAGAGGUAUUUAUCUAAAGUAACUCUAGGUUUAAUCGCCUUUUAUUAACAUUUGUUGUGCCAGGUACUUGUGAGCUUAACAUUAAUAUCAGUAUCCCAUCUCCAGACGCUGGAGUGAAUAUAAAUUAGAUUCUUAUUUACCUCUUGGUAUCUCUAGCGGCCAUUUUAGUGCUUACAUGGAUUAUAAUUACUAUGAUCAGAUAUAGAAGAAAUAAUAGAAUUAGAAUAUUUCCACAAUAAGUCCCACUGGAGAUAUAAAAAUAGUAAGUCAAUUAAAAAUAAAUUGAUUAUUAUAUGUGUAAAAUGCCUUGGUCUGAGUUAGAUCAUCACCCAUUAAUAAUAGAAAAGAAGAUUGACUGUAAGUAAUAUGAAACUUGCAUCAUUUGCUAUCUUGAAUAUUAAAGAAAUUCAGUAUGUAGAGUGACACCUUGUAUUCAUGUAUUUCAUGCUGAUUGUUUAUCAACAUGGUUGAUAACAAACAAUAAGAUUCAAUUUUGCCCAAUUUGUAGAGAAGAAUUGACAGAAUAAAAAUUAGAAGAAUAUUUAUAGCAAAUGAAUGAUUACAAAAAAAAAAAAACCUUAUAAUAAAACAAAAAAAAAAGUAUUGUAAGAAAUUUAAAUGAAGAUCCUUUAGUGAUGAUAUAAGAUGGAAUGUAACCGCUGUCUUAAUGA